GAACAGAGAGCAAGUGCCUGUGCAAGCCCUCUGGGGAAGGAGAGAAAGUGACGGGAGAAGGAAGGAACACUAAACAAUCCAUCAAGGGAGAUAAGUGGAGCUAAUUUACGGCUUGAGAGACAGAAGAGGGAAGAAAUCAAGCAUUUUAUUUUUGCUUCUCAGUUUCAUGCCUGCUUUCCCUCAUUACCCUCUCCCUUAUUUGUCCUAACAUCUUUAUUUGCAAGCUUACCGUGUGGCCUGUUGAAGUAUGCCCACAAACGGAACUAACAGGGCCCUGAAGCUGCAGUUUGGCCUCAUCAACCAUGAGAAUCGCUACCUGACGGCCGAGGCCUUUGGCUUCAAGGUGAACGCCUCAGGUAUCAGCAUGAAGAAGAAACAGAUCUGGACCUUAGAGCAGGACGAGCAAGAUAGCCAAGUAGUGUUCCUCCGCAGCCACCUGGGACGCUAUCUGGCCUCUGACAAAGAUGGCAAGAUCACAUGUGGGGCAGAGAAGCCUGACCCUGACUGCCGUUUCCUUAUUGUGCCUCAGUCUGAUGGUCGCUGGGCACUGCAAUCAGAGCCCUACCAGCGUUACUUUGGGGGCUCGGCUGACUACCUGUCCUGCUUUGCCCAAGCCAUCGGGGAGCAAGAGCUGUGGGCCGUCCAUUUGGCUUUACAUCCACAGGCCAGCCUGCUCAGUGUGGCACGUAAGCGCUAUGCCCAUCUGUCUGCUUCAGAUGGAGAGAUCUCGGUGGACAGCAACAUUCCCUGGGGAGUGGACUCCUUGGUUACCUUGGUAUAUCUCGACGGCAAGUACAGCCUGAAGACCUGUGACAGCCGUUUCCUCAGCAAUGAUGGCAAACUGGUGAAGGAGAACAACAACACUACAAGCUUUACGCUGGAGCUGAAAUCUGGCAAGCUGGCCUUCAAGGACUGUGAUGGAAAAUAUCUGACCCCAGUGGGUCCCACAGGGACUCUGAGAUCUGGCCGAUGCUCCAAGCCCGGAAAAGAUGAGCUGUUUGAUCUCGAGGAGAGUCAUCCACAAGUAGUUUUUCAAGCAGCCAAUAAAAGAUUUGUCUCAGUCAAGCAAGGAGUGAGUAUUUCAGCCAAUCAGGAUGUGGAGACAGACAUGGAGACCUUCCAGAUGGAGAUUGAUAAAGAGAGCAAAAAGUCUAUGUUCAGGACCAACGGUGGAUCCUAUUGGACUCUAGUGACUCAUGGAGAGAUCCAGUCCACUGCCACAGAAGUAGAGGUCAACACAAUGUUUGACAUUGAGUGGCGAGGACAUAGGGUGGCACUCAAAGCAAGUAAUGGAAAGUAUGUGUGUACAAAGAAAAAUGGGCAGCUCUCGGCAGUCAGCGAUACAGUGGGUGAUGAUGAAUUAUUCCUGAUGAAACUCAUCAAUCGCCCCAUGCUGAUCCUUUGUGGGGAGAAUGGCUUUGUGUGCCACCACAAGAACUCCAACACUCUGAACGCAAAUCGAUCCGUCUAUGACAUUUUCUCAUUGAUCUUUAAUGAUGGCGCCUACAAUGUAAAAAGUGUGAAUGGAAAGUUCUGGUACGUCUCUAGCAGUGGUCUAGUGUGCUCAGAUGGAGAAAAGCCAGAGGACUUUUUCCUUGAGUUCCUGGAACACGGACGUGUCGCCAUCAAGGCCUCUGAUGGGAAGUACCUUCGUGGAGACCAGGGAGGUACGCUCAUGGCUGAUGGCACAACUGUUGAUGCAUCUUGUCUUUGGGAGUUUUGACACCUUUCAAUCAGGACGCUCAAAGAAGAAGCAAGAAGGCAGGGUGCAGGACCAGCUUCUAUCAGCUCAGAUGAAGCGGACUGACCGGGUAACAUUUCCUGCCUGUUUUUAUACUAGCUGCCAGGUGCCCCAUCCCAUUUUUUCCUUUUAUUUUUUUUUUAAUUGGGAAAGAGUGAACAGUUUAGGAAUAUGUGUGGUUUUCUUGUAAAUAUUAAAUGUUUUGUCUUUCAAAUGACAAUGCCAACAUCAAAAAACACAUACCGUGUGAAAAUGUGUAAUUACCCAAAUAUGGAAUAAGGCAGUGACUGUCCUAGUUCUUUCAGACACACUUUGUUCAACAUGUGACAACCAAAUAUCUUUUGAGGGCAGCCACACUGAUCAGACACUGAACAAAGAGAAAUUCAACUAAGAGUGUUGCUACAUAUAGUAAUUCGGUUUGAUGCUGCAUUUUUAGUUCAGUCUAUUCAGAAAGCAUGGACAUAAAUGGCAACAAAAGGAACAUUAAGGGGCCAUACACAUUCUGCGGUGUACAAGACGGUGGUGAGACCAGAGAUGUUGUUUGGUUUAGAGACAGAGCUGGAGGUAGCAGAGAUGAAGAUGUUGGGGUUCUCUGUGGGAGUGACGAGGAUGGAUAGGAUCAGGAAUGAGUACAUCAGAGGGACAGCUCAUGUUAGAUGUUUUGGAGAUAAAGCCAGAGAGGCCAGACUGAGAUGGUUCGGACAUGUUCAGAGGAGGGACAGUGAAUAUAUCGGUAGAAGGAUGCUGAGGUUGGAACUGCCAGGCAAGAGGCUGAGAGGAAGACCAAAGAGGACAUGAAGUCAGUUGGUGUGAGAGAAGAGGAUGCAGAGGAUAGGGUUAGAUGGAGGCAGAUGAUUCGCUGUGGCGACCCCUAAAGGGAACAGCCGAAAGAAGAAGACACAUUCUGCAUUUUUUUGCGCCGUCGAAUUCAAUGUGUACUCAAAAUCUACUUUCGGAAUGCAGCAACAUGCACUGCAUGUCAUGUGACAAGGAGCAAUCAAUCACAUCUGGCAGAUACCUUUCCUUUCUUCCUUAACUAUCAGUCUAUGGUGAAUAUUAAAGUUUAACAGGUGUGAUUAAACCCAAAUGCAGCACUCAGUGACAGUUGGUAAUGACCUUUAAUUAAACACAGAAUAAACAGAAACUUGAGCUGAUGAAGGUAUUCAGGUAAUAGUUCAUUAUUCGGGCUCAGAACCCACACACAUUCUCUGGGUUCAGGGGCCAACAGGUAGGUACAUAGAGGUCACACACACACAAGGUGUGUCCCAGAUAGUCUCUGAGCUGCAGCAGGCAACUGACAAACACUCACACUGAAACGUCGUGGCAGGAAAACAACACACAGUCACAGGCAGAUGGAAACCAGAUACACUGAGGCAAAACUCGUGGUCAGGGACAAAAGGCUGGUGAGUUUAACAGUAAACAGACGACAUAGACAGGUCAGAGGCAAGCAGGUAAGAAGUGCUGGAAAGUCUUGCAUGUGGUAGAAGAACAAUCUGGCACUGAGGGAAAGGCAGCAGCUGCUUAUAUGCAGGAAGUGCUGGUGAGAAGCAGCUGCGUGCACAGGUGAGUGGAGUUGCCUUGAUGAGGGAGGCGUGGCUGGCUAGCAGGGUGCAGGUGAAUAGAAAUUUACCAAGAGCAGGUGAGGGAGAGAUGGGGAGCAGAAUGCAAGCUGUGACAGAAAGACAAGCUGAUCAUUUUAGUACAGGGCCAACAAUAUUUUGAUACAUAAAAAACAAGGCAUAGCAACAUCAGGUGCCACCUGCUUUCACGCUCUUGAAAGUUGGUGAAGACCUUGCGUUUUCCAGGUAGUAAAAGACAUGGCAUGUGUAUGAGCCCUUAGUCCUUCUGCUGCUACUGAGGCUUCAUAGACUAAAAAUGUCAAAAAGCUGAAAAAAUCUUUGACAGUUUUUAAAAAAUCAAAACUAAUACAAAUCUGGCAGAGACACAUCAGUCCUUAUCAACAUUCUGAACUGAAAACCUUUGAAAAACAGACAAUGAAGGAUCAGUGUGGCUGCAGUCUUAGGGUUACUUAAAAAAAAACAGGGAUACAUACACAAAAUUAACCUCAUUUGGUUUAGGUGACUAGCCCUCCGUCGACUGUUUAUCAGGAUCAAACUUCUGUUACAAUCCCACUGUGUUUGUUUACAGCUUUUAAAUGAUUUCAAUACUUUGACAUAUUCUAUUAGAAGAGUGUGGCCAUCCAGGUUACUCUCAGCAAACGUAAUGCACCACUGUCUUCACAGAUAGCGAGAAGCUGGUCCUGAUGGUGUUUUCAUUUAUCCUAAUGGACCUUUUACAGUUUCCAUAAAAGCACAAUAUGAAGUAAAUGAAGUGGACUGAAGUAAAUAGACCGUACUGUCUCAGGCGCCUCUGCAAUAUUGAGCAAUGUAGCCUAAAUCCAAAGAGGACUUAACUCAGCAUCACUGCAAACACUGAAAUAUGUUUUUGUGUAACACGUGUAGAAAUACAGAGAUCAGACAUGUUCAGGAACAAAGGAUAUCAGUAGAAAUGCCAUAUAUCCACAUCAGGGACAAGCAAGAAACCAAAGGGGAGCACAUUUAAAGCAUUUGAUGGACUAUACAUCAUUUUUAAUGUACCAGGCAUGAACUCAGAAAGUGCUUCUCUGUUGUUCUGUCUAGGGGCCUUAAACCAUACUAGACUCUUUAUCCCUUUAUACCCCGUUCUCAUGUUCAGAGUUGGGUGGUAAGAUUAGAAAAUGUAAUGGAUUUAAAUAACAGAUAUAUUUGAAGAAAUUGCAAUGAUUUCUUACUGGAAUACAUUUGGCAAUUACAGUACAUCCUAUAAAACAUUACACGGAAGCUAAAGUGUUUCAAUACAAAUGCUUGUUUGUUUUC